CGUGUUCUUCAUCUGUUGGCUUGGACCCAGUCUCGGCCUUACGCAAUCUGGCAUUUUUUCACUCCCCUCCCUCCUCACUCUUCCUCUGCCCUCUCUCUCUCUCUCUCUCUCCGGUGACUCAACGACAGGUCUUUUGGUUAUCGGUCGGUGAUCGUGAUGAGGAAGUUGAAUGCAUAUUUUCGUUUCUAUAAUUCAGUGGCUUAGGUAGUGUUCUGCCUCAGUUUUUGUGAAUUUUUUUUAUUACGGGAAAUUUUCUCGAUGGGGGGAGCUUGUUCUAGGAAGAGAGACCAGCGAGACAAUGAAGACAGUUUACUCAGAGGGUUGUCUGGAAGAUAUCGUAAGAGUGGAAGCUCUAAGUGGUUGGCAACUUCAUUUUCGCGACCUGCUAUAGAUAUUCAACUGGGAAGAGGGAACCGUCAAUCGCUUUUGGAUUUGUGUAUACGUAAAACAUGUGAGGACAUUGAUAGAUAUAGAACCUUUUCUAUGCUCCCAAGGGAUAUUAGUCAGCAGAUCUUUGAUGAGUUGGUAUAUUCUCAACGUUUAACUGAUGUUUCUCUUGAAGCUUUUCGAGAUUGCGCUCUUCAGGAUCUGUACUUGGGAGAUUACUCUGGGGUGAAUGAUAGUUGGAUGGAUGUAAUUUCUUCACAGGGAUCAUCUUUGCUUUCUGUUGAUCUCUCUGGUUCUGAAGUUACCGAUACUGGGUUGCUUCAUCUCAAAGAUUGCACAAAUCUUGAAGCCUUAUAUUUUAAUUGUUGUGACCGAAUUUCUGACCGUGGGCUGGAAUGCCUAAGUGGUCUCUCAAACUUGACAACUUUGAGUUUUAGAAGAAACAAUGCAAUUACUGCUGAGGGAAUGAGUGCCUUUGCCAGUUUAGCUAACCUGGUCAAGUUAGACUUGGAGAGAUGCCUUGAGAUUCAUGGUGGGCUUGUCCACCUUAAAGGUUUAACGAAAUUGGAGUCUCUCAAUCUCAAAUGCUGCAAUUGCAUAACAGAUGAUGACAUGGAGCCUCUCUCUGGGCUUAUCAAUUUGAAAGGACUGCAGAUUUCAUGCAGCAAGGUUACAGAUAUUGGCAUUAAUUUCUUGAAAGGUCUGCACAAGCUUUCUCUAUUGAACUUGGAGGGAUGCCCGGUUACUGCUGCAUGCCUGGACUCUCUUUCAGCUCUUUCUGCCCUGUUAUAUUUGAAUCUUAACAGAUGUAAACUGUCUGAUCGUGGAUGUGACAAGUUUUCGAGACUUGGGAACUUAAAAGUACUAAACUUGGGCUUCAAUGACAUCACAAAUGCAUGCUUGGUCCACUUGAAAGGUCUGACAAAUUUGGAAAGCUUGAACCUGGAUUCAUGUAGGAUUGGGGAUGAAGGGCUGGUUAACUUGACAGGCCAUCAGCAUCUGAAAUGCUUGGAGUUGUCUGAUACUGAAGUUGGAAGCAAUGGACUCCGUUAUCUAUCUGGUUUGACAAACAUGGAGAGUUUAAAUUUAUCAUUCACUGAGGUUACUGAUGAGGGUUUAAGAAAAUUGUCUGGACUCUCAUCUCUUAAAUCACUCAAUUUGGAUGUUCGCCAUAUUACGGAUUCUGGGCUUGCAGCACUUACAAGUUUGACCGGACUAACUCAUAUUGAUCUUUUUGGAGCUCGUAUUACAGAUGCUGGAACAAACCAUCUGCGAAACUUUAAGAACCUGAGGUCGGUGGAAAUAUGUGGCGGUGGACUGACAGAUACCGGUGUGAAGAAUAUCAAAGAUCUUUCUUCCCUGAUGCUGCUAAAUCUUUCACAAAACUCUAACCUGACAGAUAAAACCUUGGAGUUGGUUUCUGGCUUGACAGGAUUGGUGUCUUUGAAUGUGUCAAAUUCUCGCAUCACCAGUACAGGACUGCAUCAUUUGAAAACUCUGAAGAAUUUGAAAUCACUGACUUUGGAGGGCUGCAAGGUGACAGCAAAUGACAUGAAGAAGCUUCAGUCAACUGAUCUUCCUAAUCUGGUAAGCUUCCGUCCAGAGUAGUCAUGGAGAUAAGAUUUAUGUGAAAAGCUACAGUUGGCGUUAGGGGCAGCUAUGUAUAUAAAAUAAAGAUUAAGGUGGAGUUGGAUGUUCUGUACAUAUGAUUAAAACCUGAAAGGGUAUUUCAAAAUGGGGGGUUCAGGAGACAUUCUAGGAAAUUAUUUCAAUCUUUUGUGUCAUGAAUGUCAUAUGGUGUACUGCAGAAGAAAAUGUAGAUAAAAGCUUCCUUGAGACAUUUUUCAGCUGUGGUUAUGCUUUUGUAUAUAUUGACAUAUAAAUUAUGUACUGCAGUUCCCUUGUA